UUAUUACCCUGGAGAAAUACAGAGUGAAAUCAGUAGAAAGAAGUGUGCCCUAAAGGCAGCUGAUGAGCACCAAAUUUGAGUUAUGGAGUCGAAAUAUUUACAUCUUUCAAAUUUCUUAUUGAUUAUCACCUUGUCUCAGAUAUGCACAGCACAAAAUGACAUCACGUUAUCCGUUUUCACGGUCACGUCCAAAAGUAUGACAGUGCGCUGGAGUGGACUCACCGGCGCGAGCUCCUACAAAAUUACCGCCACGCCGAAAAACUCCCCGGAGCCGUCGGUGUUCGCGCAGUUCAGCGGCAGCACAGUGAUGGGCUCCGUUAACUCUUUAUCCCCGAACACUGUGUACAGGAUGCGUGUCGAGGCGAUGGAUAACGCGGUGAACGUGCUCAGCAGCGCCGAGACCGAGGAGACGACAGCACCUGAGGUUCCACUCAUAGAGAAGGCUUACUCCAAACACAGUGACAGCAUCACAGUGGAGUUUGGUAUAGUUUCCGGUGCCACUGGCUACAUCAUCCGGGCAGAGAAUGAUAAUGGGUUCUUCUCUGAAACUCCAGUGGUGAAAUCCCCAGAGACAGUGGUCGGUCUUGACCCUUACACAGAUUACACCCUCAGUGUGAUGUCCGUCAACAUGGGGGGAAGAAGUCAGCCGUCCCUGCCUGUGGAUGCUAAAACAGUGGUGGUGGCCCCAGAUCUGCGUUCCAGUUCGCCCAGCAGUGAUUCUAUCAUGAUAACCUGGGCUCCAGUAAACAAUGCUGUGUUAUACACCCUAGUCAUGAUCAUGGAGGGUUCAGACACACGGGUCAAACUCAACACCUCUGGGACCAACAUGACCUAUAGUGGCCUUCAGCCUGGCACCACUUACUGCAUUAAGGGCAAUGCCUGGGAUCCAGAGGGUAACCAAGGAGAUGACAUCACCGUCUGCCAAAUCACACGUCCACCGGUCCCAGGGGACGUGCAGGUUCAGUUGACGCCGGGUCGCUCUAUCGAUCUGGCGGUGUAUUGGCAGUCAGUGCGUGGUGCCGAUGGGUACAUCGCUGUAAGCUCAACUGGCCAGAACUGCAGCUCCAACGAAGAGGUUUACUGCAUUAUCAGUCCUCUCAGCUGCAGCCAGAACCACUCCAUCACUGUUGUAGCACAGAACGCAGCCGGAUACAGUGACCCUUCACAACCACAAGACCUUCUGACCUUCCCGUGUCCUCCUGAUGUGGUGUGGAUCCAAGAGGUGACCCCAGGGAACUGCUCCGUCAUGUGGUCGGAGAUUCCAUGGGUGGAUUAUUGUAUCACCUAUGUGAAAAGAGAUGAUGGUUUAGAGGAAAACUGCAACACCACUGGCAGGUCCUGUCACUUCCAGUGCAAGUGCGGAUACACUUACCUCUCCACUGUAUUCGCUUACAACCAGGCCGGAUCCAGUCCACCGGGACAAAUAGUCAACUAUACUACAAUCCCAUGCUGUCCAGAGGAUGUGUCCGUGUCCCUGAUUUCCACAGAGACGUUGGAGAUCUCGUGGUCAGCAGUACGAGGAGCGGAGUUAUACGAGACCAUUGCUGCAGAUGGAAGUGAACAGGUCCACUGUAACGACACGGCUCCAGUGUGUGCGCUGUCAGACCUCACCUGCGACAGCAUGUACAAUGUGGUGGUGCGGCCCUGCAGUGAGAUACGGGGAUGCAACAACACCUGCCCAGCACACACACGCCGGACAGCUCCCUGCGCUCCUGUGAUCCUCAGCGUGACUCAGGUGAACUCCUCCACAGUGCAGGUGUUCUGGACGCCCACAAACACUCAGGCAAACUACAGCAUCAUAGCUGAGGGUCAAAUAGACUCGCUGUCCUGCUCAUCCAGCGGGACGUCCUGUUACAUGAGUGUAACCUGUGGGUCCACAUAUGAGGUCAGUGCCUACGCCACUACUACAGCCGGAAUGAGCCUUCCCAGCUACGCCGUUCCCCUGGAGACAGGACCGUGUUGUCCAGAUUAUCUGAAUGUCGAGCAGGUCACUCAGUCCAUGACAAACGUCACCUGGUCUCCAGCUAUAGGUGCGCGCUCGUACAUCACCUCUCUGACAUCACCCAGAGGACAUGCCAAAUGCCACACCAUGGACACAGACUGCCUGCUGGGCUGCAUCACGUGUGGCACAAGCUAUAAUGUGUCCCUGGAGGCCUUCAGCAUGACUGGACAUAAAACAGAGUGCACAUACCAAGGUUUCUCUGCAAGCUCGUGUUGUCCCUCCAGUGUGAAGCUGUACCGAAUGCCUAACAGCACUCUGCGGGUUAACUGGCGUUUUUCCCCCGGCCUCUACAACUACACUGCCGACCUGUAUGGCACCAGAUCCAACUACACCUGCAGCAGCACAGCAGGAGCAAACACCUGCGACGUCUCCGAGAUCCUCUGUGGAGAAGUGUACACCGUUGUGGUCGCUCCGCUGACUAAAGACGGCACGAAGGUCACAUUCUGCCCUAGAAAACUUUACUCAGUCUCCUGCUCUGGAAACACUGUAGGAAUGGUGAUCUAUCGAGGCCGAAGAAGUGUUGGCUAAAACCUCCUAUUGGCACAGAUGAAAGAAGAUGGAAUCUGACCUCAACACAUUCACGUUCAUCUUGCCACAUUUAUAUACUGUUUGCCAAAAAAGGCAUUUACAAUUGGUUCAUUGACAGUGUAAUUGUAUCAAAGAAAAGCUGCCAUUUUCUAAUAUUCAAACCAUUCAAUGAAGCCCAACAGUAUUUACAAUCCCAAUUCCAAAAAAGUUAGGAUGUUUGUGUAUACAAAAAAAAAGAGAGAUUUGCACAUUUAUUUUGAUCAACGUUUAGGUCAAAGACCUUCAUAAGGCUCACACACUUGCAUACAGCAGUUUAAAUUAAAGUAGCCUCAAUGUGAUCUCAAUGUGAUUGUCUUGUUCAUUUUAAGUCGAGGAGUUUUUAGGAUAUUGUUUCUGUAUUUAAAAUUAAAUACAGAAUUAAAUGAAUUAAAAUUCAGCAGGAAUGUCUUGUUUUAAUUGUGAGACACUUUAGCUGGCUAAAUGAUUGACCUUGAUUGCUCAAGUGUGACCAAUUGGAGCUAUUGGUGCAUUCAUGUCGGGUAAACCAUAAUUAAAGACUUGAAUGCACUUGAACGCCACCACAAAGUCAUGAUUACAACCUCCAAGUUUCCGAGUUGGGAGAGUGUCAGUGAGAAACUAUAAUAGAUCUAAUAUAAUAUAUCUAUAAUAGAGAACUGUAUUUACCAUUACAUAUCUUAUUCAGUUGAAGUCAGAAUUAUUAGCCCCCUGUUUAUUUUUUCCCUAAUUUCUGUUUAACUGAGGAAAGAUUUUUUCAGCACAUUUCUAAACAUAAAAGCUUUAAUAACUCAUUUCUAAUAACUGAUUUAUUUUAUCUUUGCCAUGAUGACAGUAAAUAAUAUUUGACUAGAUAUUUUUCAAGACAAAAGGGCUCAUAAUUCUGACUUCAACUGUAUAUUCACUGGGCGAAAUUUACGAAUGCAAAGUCUCUGAAAACAUGUGUAAGUGUCAGUGACAAAACACGAUGGGAAUUCUUUGCUCUACAUUUUCUAUAGGUAAGGGAUUAAGUACGUCCUGGAGGUUGUUAUUGCAGAAUAAAUCAGCAGCCUCACAUAAAGUGGAAAGCUGUUAUAUAAGACUAAAGGACUUUAUUCUACAAUAACAAUGGCCUCGAUUUACUUUAUGCCAGUUAUUACAUGGCUACUUGCCACAAAAUGUCUAUAUUUGACACGAAACAUUGAUCUGAGCCGAAAUAGUUUAUUAAUUCUGUAAUUAAAGGCAAAGCUGACAGAAAGGAAAAUGGCUGAAUGGAGCUGAUGGAGAAUACACUAACCUAUGUAUAACCUACUGUAUAAUUCGUUUCAGCGGUUGUUAUAGCGUUAAAACAUACCUGCCAUGACUGACCAACAAGAAUCAAGAAUUUCAGACAGCUGUGUAAGCAGAGUCAACAAACCCUGCUGUAUUUUUUUAUUAUUUAUCAACAGAAGAUACAAUGCCAUUUUGAACACACCUGGCUUUAUUACAACUUCCAGGAGUUCCAAGAGGGCUUGAAUGCAACAUAUCAGCACUUUCCAUUUCGAAGGGCUACUCCGUCUGCUCUAUUCCCUUUGAAAGGUUUACCCACUGGAGUGAAAGCUUCAAAGGAAUUAGGGCCCUUCUGAAAGAAACACACUGUUUUUCACCAAACAACUUCUCUGUGCAAUGGAUCAUGGGGCACUGAAGUGUCCAUCAGUUGUGAAAUCCUUCAUUCCAAAGGACCCUUCAAAGUGGCCAGUUUUGAGCAUGACACUUUAAUAUGACAGUCAUGAUUGUUUUCACUUCAUAGUGCCCUUCUGAGGGUGAUAUAUCCCGUUUGAAACACACCAUCUGUUUGAAGUUUUAGAGCCUAUGUUGCUGCCUAUGCAAAUGUGUGAGCUGGAUGAAGAGCUUUGACCCAAACGUUGAUAGUUUCAAUUAGUAUGUGUGCGUACUUUGAACUUUUUACAACAUGCUCGUAAAACUCAAUGAAAUUAAGUAUAUGUGGUUUGUUCAUUCACUUUAGGUUUUAAUUAGCAAAAGUACAAUGAAAUGAUCCAAAGAUUUUACUGACCAAAUCAAUUCUAUUCUGUAAAUAUAAACAAGAUUUUAAUUUAGAUGGCUGCAACACACUGUAAAAACGUUGUUUAAUUGUUUGGGAAUUGAGCAUCCCAAUUGGUAAAGUUUUGCAAGCAGUUUUUCUUUCUCAAUCUGACUUAAUACCAGACUUCAAAAACGCAGAAGUCAGCGGCCAUCAUUGUUUGUUUCUCUUCUUCAUGAUUGCCAAUACAUUUUCAAUAGGAUACAGUCAAGCACUUUGUAACUAUGAACAUAUUGCUUUCUCCUAGAGGAACAAAAGUUGCUUUUGUUGAGUUUGUGUUUUUCAGUGUCAGAUUUUCCUGAAGUACUGCUGAUAUUUUAUUGAACUCAUUUUUUAUGCAAUGUCACCUCAGGGCUCAAAUGUCCAGCACAUUCAGGUUUGAUACACAGACUUCCUGCCUGACUGUAUUCCCUGAAUCAUUUCACAUUAUAUGUUAGUUCACAAAAAAAGACCUAAUAUCUUUGCAAUUUUACUUUGAGAAAUUAAAUUUUUUGAUUUGUUUAGCUUUUAUUGCUAAAAAAAGAUAAGCCUUUGUCCAACUUGAAAAUGUUUCUUUUAUACCAAAACAUGAAACCCUCCUGUAUCGGCAGUUCACCAGUUUAUUGUAGACCUUUUCAAAACUAUUUCAUGUGGAUGUUCUACAGUUGAAGUCAGAAUUAUUAGCCCUCCUGAAUUAUUAGUCCCCAGUUAAUUUUUUCCCAAAUUUCUGUUUAACGGAGAGAUUUUUUUCAACACAUUUCUAAACAUAAUAGUUUUAAUAACUCAUUUCUAAUAACUGAUUUAUUUUAUCUUUGCCAUGAUGACAGUAAAUAAUAUUUCACUAGAUGUUUUUCAAGACAUUUCUAUACAGUUUAAAGUGACAUUUAAAAGCUUAACUAGGUUAAUUAGGUUAACUAGGCAGGUUAGGGUAAUUAGGCAAGUUAUUGUAUAAUGAUGGUUUGUUCUGUAGACUAUCAAAAAAAAAAAAUUGCUUAAAGGGGCUAAUAAUUUUGUCUUUAAAAUGGUGUUUAAAAAUUAAAGACUGCUUUUAUUCUAGCCAAAAUAAAAGACUUUCUUUCUCCAGAAGAAAAUUUUUUAAUCAGACAUACUGUGAAAAUUUGCUUUGUUAAACAUCAUUUGGGAGAUAUUUAAAAAAGAAAAAAAAAUCAAAGGGGGGCUAAUAAAUCUGACUUCAACUGUUUAUUCUUUACACUUUUAUUUUACUUCAGUGUCCGUUUUUUGAGAGUGUGUUGCAGCAAUCAAAAUCUAAACAUCUAACAAGGCAACUUAUUUGGCCAGUGAAACAUUAGAAAUCUUGUCUUUAUACUUGUGUCAAAUUCAUAGAAGGUAAUAAGAAUUAACAAGUCACAAAUUCUUGAUCAAACAUCCAGCGUCAGCUUUAUUGGAAUUGUGGUUGUAUACGCUUAGAAAUUCAAAACCUCCCAAAUUCUUAAUUUUAGGAGAUAGUUCACCCAAAAAUGAAAAUGUCCUCAUCGUUAACUCACCCUGAAGUGUUCAUAAACUUUAAUGUGUUUCUUUCAUUUGUUGAACACAAAACAAGAUAUUUUAUAUAAUGUUGGAAACCAGCAGCCAUUGGCAUCCAUAGUAGAAAAAAACAUACUAUGGGAGUCAGUGGCUUCUGCUUUCAAACAUUCUUUUUUUUGUGUGUGCAGAUGACAGAAUAUUCCAUUUUGGGUGAGCUCUUCCUUUAAUAAAUAAAGAGCAAUGAUUGGAAGAACAGUGUAAACACUUAGGUAAUCCAGUGAAAGCAGUGAGCCUCCAAAGGGCUGGACCAGGGUCAUGUGUGCUAAUGUAUAUGUAGGGCGGAUCUUUUCUGAAGUGGGUUAUUGAGAAAUCUGACCCACACGGGUUUCCGUUUCAGUGUCCGCCCCUAGGUCAUAUGCAUCCUUUGGAUGAUAUAUAUUACAAUGAAUUUGCAUAAUAUGUAUGUCAACGGAUGGCCUGAAAACCUCCAUACAAACCUUUAAGCAUUCUUAAUAAACAGCAUGAAGCAUUA